GGUCCUUUUGAUCGCGCUUUCCCCUCCCUGUCCGCUUCGACUUUCUGCGCCCGUUCUCGUCUCGCUUUUCCUGUCGUCUUCCGGCCGAGCCAUUUUCACUUCUACUCUCCAGACAGAGAGGCCCAUCUCAUCACUUUCCUCCCCGAAAAAGACAAUACAACUGGCUGUCGCUCGACUCGUUGCCCUGUCAAUCUACACAGCCCUCGACUUCUGAGCCUGUUGAACCUUGACUGCUUUGAUCAGAGAUACAGCGCAGGCAUUACAACAGAGCCGAGCGGCGCAAAACGGCUGCAGCUCGUGCCAGGCACAGGCGCAAGGGCAAGCCGGACAAGGCAGAUUACGGAACCCUGCGCAUACCCUCCUUACCAGCGCAAUGGCGGACCACGAUUCGUAUUCCACCCCGGAUACGCCAAACGAGAACUCGGGCAGCUACCCGGGCUCGCCAGGCUCGGUUGACGACUCGGGCUCGGUUGACGACUCCUCUGAGGCUAGCACCCCGCUCGAUCCACCAAGCUCCAGCUCCGACUCAAUGCCCGGCAUUUCUUUAGCCGGCAGCUCGAAUUCGCACCGCCGGUUCCCCUCCCUACGGACCGUCUCAGACCCCGAGCACUCGGCCUACAUGAACCCGACCUCAAGCGUCACUGGCAUCUUGAACACGGCUCGGCGGCCCCUGCCUAGCGCAGGUAGUCUGCCCUUGGAUAUCAUGCAGAAGGCGCGGGCUUUGCAGCAAGAACGAAUGAACUUAACGACGUCGAGAGCUUCCCAGGCUGGGUCUCCCCACGCCGGUAUGGGAUCCAUGAACCUGAAUAUGAAUAUGAACAUAAACAUGAACAACAUGAAUAUGAACAUGAACGGGAUCAUGAACGCACAGCCGGGCGGUGCUUCCUCCAAUCUCCGGUUACCGACAGCGGCUGGCGGUAUGACUCGACCGAUGCCCCCCGGGUUCCCGAAAUCUGCGCCUGCGGUGCCGAGCGCCAGAAAACCUCCCAGUCUGAGCGAGAGGAGAGCAAUGAAGCUGGGGGGUAUGGCUGGUGGUGGACCCGGCACAACUCCUGGCACACCAAAGCUUUCAGACAUGAAGGGCGGCCAAGACGGCGCGCGGCCCUCGAUAAACGGAGAGGGACGGGGCUCCAAACUAAGUGACUUCGGGAACUACAUUGAUGCAGAUAAAGGGUGGAUUACGUUUGAGGGUGCUGCUACUAUAACGCGGAACGGUGUUGACUUCGCCAAUGGCCGGACCUUCUCCAUCUCGCUGGAUGAGGUAGAAAUUCUUGACGAGUUGGGCAAGGGAAAUUACGGAACUGUCUACAAAGUGCGCCAUGCCCGCCCGAGGGCCCCCCGUUUUGGCCACGGGUUAAGCAACUUCAAGUCUCUAUCUCGGCACUCUUCCAUGUCCGACCAGGACGAGUCAUCCGCAGACUCGACGCCACUAAGCCCCUCGACCGAUGGGUCACGGCAAAACACGACGGGUGUGGUCAUGGCAAUGAAAGAGAUACGCCUUGAGCUGGACGAGGCCAAGUUCACCACGAUUCUUAAGGAGCUCGUCAUUCUGCACGAGUGCGUGUCGCCCUAUAUUAUCGACUUCUACGGUGCCUUCUACCAAGAAGGAGCUGUGUACAUGUGCAUCGAGUACAUGGACGGCGGCAGCAUCGACAAGCUCUACGCAGGCGGGAUUCCCGAAAAUGUUCUUCGCAAAAUUACGUACGCCACAAUCAUGGGUCUCAAAACACUCAAAGACGACCACAAGAUUAUCCAUCGCGACGUGAAGCCUACCAACAUCUUGGUGAACUCGAAUGGACAGGUCAAGAUAUGCGAUUUCGGUGUCUCUGGAAAUCUAGUUGCCAGCAUUGCAAAGACCAACAUUGGGUGCCAAAGUUACAUGGCCCCGGAACGGAUCAGCGGCGGUGGCUUGUCCGCCACGGGGGGUGUCGCAGACGGCACAUACAACGUCCAAAGCGACAUCUGGAGCCUGGGGCUGACGAUUAUCGAAUGCGCCAUUGGGAAAUAUCCAUAUCCCCCCGAGGUGUCCAGCACAAUCUUCAGCCAACUCAAUGCUAUUGUCGAGGGCGAGCCUCCCGGACUUCCUACAGAAGGCUACUCUGCGGUGGCCCAGGACUUCGUGGGAUCGUGUCUUAACAAGAUUCCGACGAAGCGACAUACCUACCCGAUGCUGUUGGCGCAUCCGUGGAUCCAGGCAUUAAGCAAGCCAGAAACCAUCCCGGAAGAUGCUGAGGCUGAGAAAGCUGCCGCCGACGAUGAGCUUGCUGACGCGACGGGUGCUCUUAACCUGCACGGCCCAACCGGGAUUGUUGGUGGCGACUAUGAAGUCUCGGAAUGGGUCAUUGGCGUUCUCGAUCGUAAGAAGAAAGGGCUGCUGCACGGAGCUACCGAGAAGCCGGCAUUGCAUGCCGCCCCCUUGGAUUCCGUCAGCCCACUGGCCAGUCCCCUAGAACAGGUGUAAAUAGGUGGUGGUCAGCGGACGAAGGCCACCGUAAACCGACGGUUCCCGGUCAAAGCUAGAGGAGAAAAUUCUCAAGUCCUCAUGGCCAGUCAUAAGCUGAGGGGCUUCCUACUUUUUUUCUUCUUCCCCCCUUUUCUCCCCUGUUUCUUUUGUCCGG